AUGUCUGUGGACAUCGUCACAUCACCGCCUGUGGACUGCUGUGGACUGCUGCUGAUGAUUGGUUCCUUGUCUUUGGCAUCCCAUGAGCAGUACUAUUCACUCGUGUCUACACAAGGUGGACUACAUUCCUGCCGUCAGUGCACCUAUGUCACCAAGGUCAAGAGUAGCAUGCAAAGACACCUUCGCAAACACACGGGCAAGCGUCCCUUCCAGUGCCACCUGUGUCCAGCUGCAUUCUCUCAGAACGUUACUCUCACAACGCACAUUCGCACCCACACAGGAGAGCGUCCCUUUUCCUGUGACCGCUGCAGUGCAUCGUUCUCACAGAAAAAGACCCUCGUGGAUCACAUGCGCACCCACACAGGAGAGCGCCCCUUUUCCUGUGACCACUGCAAGGUGUCAUUUGCGCGGAAAACGAACCUCUUUAGGCAUAUGCCUAUCCACACAGGAGAGCGCCCCUUUUCCUGUGACCGCUGCAGUGCAUCUUUUCCUCUAAAAAGGUAUCUCAAUUCCCACAUGCGCACCCACACAGGAGAGCGCCCAUUUUCCUGUGACCGCUGCAGUGCAUCGUUCUCGCUGAAAAAGACCCUCGUGGAUCACAUGCGCACCCACACAGGAGAGCGCCCCUUUUCCUGUGACCACUGCAAGGCGUCAUUUGCGCAGAAAGCGACCCUCACUGGCCAUAUGCGUAUCCACACAGGAGGGCGUCCCUUUUCCUGCGCCCACUGCAAUGCAGCCUUUUCACGGAAAGACAGCCUCAAGACCCACAUGUGCAGUUGUCUUGCAAAGAAGCAGCCCUGUUCCUUGUCUUCGGCAUCCCAUGAGCAGUACCAUUCACUCGUGUCCGUACAAGGCGAACUGCAGUCCUGUCGUCAGUGCACCUAUGUGACCAAGGUCAGGAGUAACAUGAAAAGACACGUUUGCAAACAUACGGGUGAGCGUCACUUCCAGUGCCACCUGUGUCCAGCUGCAUUCUCUCAGAAAGCUCAUCUUACAGAGCACAUUCGCAUCCACACAGGAGAGCGUCCCUUUUCCUGUGAUCGCUGCAGUGCAUCUUUUUCGGUGAAAAGUAACCUUGUGGACCACAUGCGCAUUCACACAGGAGAACGUCCCUUUUCGUGUGACCACUGCAGUGCAUCGUUUUCACGAAAAAUGACCCUCAUGAGGCACAUGCGCACCCACACAGGAGAGCGUCCCUUUUCCUGUGACCACUGCAGUGCAUCGUUUUCACUGAAAAUAACCCUCAUGAGGCACAUGCUCACCCACACAAGGGCGUCCCAUUUCCUGUGACCGCUGCAAUGCAUCUUUUUCACUGAAACAGACCCUCGUUAUGCACAUGCGCACCCACAUAGGAGAGUGUCCCUUUUCCUGUGUCCACUGCAAUGCAUCCUUUUCACGGAAAGACAUCCUGAAGACCCACAUGUGCAAUUAUAUUGCGAAGAAUCAGCCCUGACAGUCGUGUGUGCAGUGUCAACUUGAGGGGACAACAGGAAAGCUAGUUCAUUAAUCAGGUUUUAUUGCAGGGGGGGGGGAGGUAACAUCUAAAGUGCGUGAAAUGAUUUUUGCAUGCUUCAGCAAAUGAGUUUACAGAGAAAUUUGUUAUUGCUAGUGAAAAUUUUCCACAUGCCUUUGACUGAUUAUGCCGCUAUGCCAUGAU